AUGCAACAAAUAAAUUAUGAUGAAGCUCUCCUUACCUUUUAAUGCUAGCGUAAACAUUUAAUAAUUGAUUCUAAAUAUAAUGUGUACCUACUUCCUCAAACUUUGAUUCUUGCAAGCGUAAUUAUUAAACAUUACUUAGAAUCCGAAACAAUAAAAUCCAAAAUAUAUAAUAUAAUUGAGCUUAACAUCCAAAAUUUAUUGGAAAACAAAGUCCAAAACUCCAAUUCUUGAAAAAUUUGGAUUCCUUUACAAAGAUAAAAUAAAAUACUUUUCUGCCACAUCUAAGGAAUUGUAAAAACUGAAAGAUUUAAUAAAGGGGAAAAUUAUGUAAAAGGACAUAAACGAUUUUUAUUCUUCUAAUUGUCUAUUAGGAAUAGGUGUUACUUCUAAAGUAUUGCUUGAUAGUAUAUUUAAGGUGUAUUUGGUCACCAAAAAGGAUGAUCAAUCUCAAUUUGCAUCUAAAUGUGUUGAUAAGAAAAUCUUGUAGAAAGAUGGAAGAUAUGUAAUUAAUGUUUAUUUAGUUAAAAGGAUGCUUAAUUCAAUGAAAUUUAAUUAAUGUAAAAGCUCAAACAUGAUAAUAUUAUAUAGUUAAUAGAUCUUUAUGAAGGAGAAAACACAUUUUAUCUUAUUCUAGAAUAUUUGGAAGGAAAAAGUUUGCAUGAAUUACUUAUUUAAAAAUAAUCAAAUUUUGAAUAAGAAAAAAUUUAAUAAAUAAUGAAGGUAUUUAAUAUUAUAUAUUAAAGUUAAUAUUAUAAGCAAUUGAUUAUAUGCAUUCUCAGGGAAUAAUGCACAGGGAUUUGAAGCCAGAAAAUAUUAUGUUUAAAUAACCUAAUUAAUUAUAAUCCUUAAAAAUAGUAGAUUUUGGUUUAGCCACUCUAUAAAAUUUAGAUAUAUAUCUAUUUCCUAGAUGUGGUACACCUGGAUAUGUGGCACCAGAAAUUGCUAAUUUAGGAGAAACAUUUUAAAAAUAUUCUGUACUUUGUGAUGAAUUUAGUGUAGGCUGCAUUUUUUAUAAACUGUAUUUAAUUUAAUAAUUUGAAGAUGUACAGGAAAAGAAAUCUUUCCUGGAAAUGAUAACUCAGUAAUUAUGAAAUUAAAUUAAUAAUGUGACAUUAUUUUAGAUGCGCUUAACACAGAUCAAACACCAUCAGAAGCUAUUGAUUUAUUAUCAAAAUUACUUAAAGUAAACCCAUAAGAAAGAAUUAGUGCCAAAGAUGCAUUAUAACAUCCAUAUUUCUAAUAAUAAUACUAAGCUUAAAAUCCUUAAUUCUCUAAUAUUUCACAAUAAAACUCUGAGCUUUAUAUUGGCUAAUAAAAUUUUGAAGCAGUAAGUAUUGAAAACUAAAAUGCAAAAUAAUUAAGCUUACCCACUCCUUCAAUUAUAAAAUAAUUUGAAUAUUAAUAAAACAAUUCUUUUUCAACUUAAAAUCCUCAAAAUAGAAGAAAUAUAAACUUAUUAUAGUCCCAAGAAUCCGAUCAGAACAAUGAGAUAACUUUUUCGAGAUUUAAUAAUGUUUAACCAUCUUUAGUCAAAUAUCCAGAUAUAUAGAACAAUGUGAAAACCUUUCAAAGUAAUUAAGUAGAAAAUGGUUGUGUUUCUGAGGCAAUCAAUUUUAUAAGCCAAAUUGAAGAGAAGAAAGACGGAGAAGAACUAAUGUAGAAAUGA